ACUUCAGUCCACCAGCACGAACUGAUCCGAACGGACGAAAUGAGUGAAACGACACCUCGCAAUGACGUAUUUUCAUAUAAGCCGUUGGAUACAGAGCUGGCCAACGCACUCAGCUGCCCUGCGGCGACAUCAUUUAUCGAAGUGAAGUUAGAGGAAUUUACAGCUUCUGAAACACCCUUCGGAGAUGGCUUACCUUGGCAGCCGAAAGCAUGUGUCUUGCCUGAUAAAUACCAGCAAUUUGCCGAACGAGUGCGAAACUUUCCAGUCUACGACGAUGACGUAUGGAUUAUUACGUUUCCGAAAUGCGGCACCACCUGGACACAGGAGAUGGUCUGGUUGAUUGAUCAUAAUUUAGAUUUUGAGACAGCCAAACGUGAGAGUAUCAACAGUCGCUCGGUGUAUUUAGAAAUUUCAGGAAUCGCAAAAAACCUUCCCGUUGAUACCGUUGCGGCAGCUGCGUCCAAAGCGCGUCCUCGUCAUAUUAAAUCGCACCUUCCGUUGGCUCUUUUGCCGAAACAACUGUGGACAGUCAAGCCAAAAAUCAUCUAUGUAUCUCGAAACCCCAAGGACGUGGCCGUUUCAUACUGGCAUCACUAUAAGAUGAUCAUGGGCUAUCGCGGACCACGUGAACAUUUUUUGGAAGCUCUGCUGGCCGAUCAGGUGGUAUAUUGUCCGCAGGUUCAACACGUCUUAGAUUUUUGGCGCUUACGUGACGAGCAGAAUGUUCUGUUUUUGACCUACGAACAAAUGAAACGGAAUCUGCGACACCUGCUUCCAAAAGUGUGCGACUUUUUUGGUAAACAGUACUCAAAUCAACAGCUGGAUGAACUAGCACAACAUCUUUCAUUUGACGAGAUGAAAAAAAAUCCGGCGACUAACAACUCUGACUUAACCAAGGGUGCAAUGGAAAUGAACGGCCGAAAAGGAGAAUCUUUCGAGUUUAUGCGGAAAGGUCAGGUUGGCGAUUAUAAAAAUGAGCUCUCAGCUGAAUAUGUUGAACGUUUGGAUCAGUAUAUUGAACAGCAACUUGGUGGAAGUGAUUUCAGAUUCGAACAAUAAUAUAGUGAAACCUUCAUAAGUCGAUGUUCUAUGA